AACUUACAGAAAAAACAACAGCAACUGUGUAAUUUAAGUGACUGUCUUUCUUGUUGGCUUUACUUAGCACAAAACCAAUCUAGAAAAUGGCACCCUGGAAAAGACGAACAGCUCUUAAACAUGGUCAGCCUUUUAAAAAUUCAAACCAAAAACAUAAUGAAGUGAGCUCUGAUUGUGUUGAGGAUGCCUUGGAGAUGGAGCAAAACUUUGUUCUACUCAGUAAAAGAAACAAAGUACAAGAAUCAGGAGAAGAAAAAAAUCUGAAACAAACACAAUGUUGGAAAUUUGCUGACAAGUGGCAUCAUGAGACCAGUGAAAGGACUGAGUCAAAUAACAAUUCUGAUGAUGAAACAAGCUCUGUAGCAAUAGCUAAAAACAUUGAAGCAAAUUUGCACACCAAAGAUCUAUCAGAUAAGACGUUUGAAGAGAUUAUGAGGCUACAAAGCAAGAUGGGGACUAAGUAUUAUAAUAAGGUUUCCUCAGCGGGAAAAAAAAAACAGCAGACUGCAGAACAUGUGAAACGACUGAGUAAGCACAGACCUGACGAGAUUUCAGCAAAGAAUCCAGUCACAUUUUUCAGAAGGGUAGCACCCAUUAAAAAAACUACUAUCAGAGACCCUCGUUUUGAUGACUUGUCUGGUGAAUUUAAACCCGAAGUGUUUAACCAGACAUACAAAUUCAUAAAUGAAAUAAAACAAAGAGAAGCAGAGAUGGUGAAGAAAAGGCUAAGAAAAUCAAAGUCACAUUCAAAAAGAGAAGAAAUGAAAUCUCUUCUUAAGAGAAUGGAAAAUCAAGAGCUUGUUCGGAAAAACCAGGAGCAGCAGAGGGAAAAGGAGCUUCGGUUCAAGAGGAAACAAAGAGAACUAGUGGGACAUGGGCACAGACCUUUCUAUCUUAAGAAAUCUCUCAAGAAGAAGCUUGAACUAGCCGAGAAGUAUAAUGAGCUUAAAAAGAGUGGAAAGCUGGAGAACUUCUUAAACAAAAAGAGGAAACGCAAUGCCCUGAAGGAUCGCAGGAAGCUGCCCUAUCAGCACAAAAAGAACUGAACAUGGACUAGUCAGAUUGAUUUUCUUUUUGUGUACAUUACAACACUGUUUAAAUUAGACAUAGUAUUUUGGCCUGUUUUAUGCAAGGGCUUAAAAGGCUUUCAUAUUUUGUUUUUUGUUUAAUUUUUCUCAGCUUUACAGUGCUUUACAGUAAAUUAGCUAGCUAACAGCUCAAUCAUUCAGCUUUUUUUUUUAUAAAUCUAGGAUUGCAUAGACAGGGCAUCCAGUUUACUUUUUUAUUCUGGAAACAUAAUCUUAAUUGUUCAUCUUUAGCCUGGAGAAUAGUUAUAAAAGCAAUAGAUUUAAAUGUUAAAACAGUUAUUAAAAAAAAAAAAAAAACCUGUUUAAUACAUUCAAACCAAAAAUCAUUUUGUGCCCCCCUUAUUUUUGGUGACCCCAAAUAAAGAACUGCUGACCUAACAGAUAGUUGGAUGAAUACUAGUUCAUUGUACUUCAGUUCAGACUGUUGUCUACUAAUGAGUUUCUGAUCUGAAUGUAUCCACUGCAGACUCCCAUGACAUUAAGCAGUAACACCUUUGGCUUUAAGCUUUAAGGAUUCAGAGUCAGGUGGGUAGGAAGGUAUUCAGACCGUAUGUGAAAGACAAACUGACAACAGCAACCAUCUCAAUAGGGCUAAAUUCAGCAAAGUCCUUUGACCCGACAUGUCACUAGUACACCAGUACAGGGCCAACAUAUGGUAUGGUAGACUCUGAAUGCCACCAGCUUGUAUCACAACCUCAGGAUCUGAGCCACACACACACCUUGGUCAGCAAGAAUACAUAAAAGCCUGAAUAAAUAAGUAGUAGUUUUAAGGAUUGAGAGUGUGUCUAAAUCCCCACAGGGCCAUUGCCCUGAUGUGGUGAUUUUUUUUUAUUCUAGAAAUUUAAAGUAGCCAUGCAAAUUUGGAAUAAUUUAACUUAAUUAUUCUUAAAAACUUAAAAAUAAAUAAUUUAAUUUAAUUCAAGAUUGUAGUCUUGCCAUGUUACACUCCACACAGAACAUAAAUGGACUGGACAAUAUUAUUGGCACUCUCAGUUUUAAGAUUAGGUAGCACACCCUUAAAAAAACCUGAAAUUAAUUUCUUCUCAUAUUUUACUGGAAUUUUGGACCACUCUUCUUUUGCCAACUGCUCCAGAUCUCUCAGAACUGCUGUAUAGAGAUAUCUCUACAGAUGUUUAAUAGAAUUUAGAUUUGGACACUGACUAAUUGAUCACUCAUUGGUUGUCCUUUCAAACUCUCCAUCACUGUUUUAAUCCAUUUUUGUGUGCUUUUUUUAAAGUAUGCUUUGGGUCAUUUUCCUGCUGGAAAGUCCAUAAACUCUGAGACCCAGCUUUCUGACACUGGGCCCUAAAUUGUGCUCCAAAACUUUUUUCAGAUUUUAUGAUGCUAUGUUAGACUGUAGGGGCUAAAAUAAAAAUGUAUGUAAUUUGUUAAUUCUCUUGAAUAAACUUACAAAAGU